UGGGCUAGGCAGGCCAGGUGGGGAGGCCUUUUGGGGAGGGUGCACCUGAGGCUGCUUCUAGGCGCAAGUCUACACCUUGUAGCAUGCGGGUCUCCUCUGAAAACUUUGCCGUCCCACUUCUGUUCCCCAAUAUUAAUUCAAAGUGUUGGGUCUCCUGUUCGGGUGGAUGGUCGGAGGUCUGCAAGCUCUCCUGAGACAUCACUUAGUUAGCUUGGUCCUACAUAGGUUGCCCCAGACAAAUCGCGGUCAGCCAGUGGCCGAAUCUCCCUGGACUCUUGUUAAAUGAUCAUGCCUGAAACUUCUGUUGCUGGCCCUUGGCAUCUGUUCACCGAAGCCUACAAGCCGGCCGGGUCGAGGUGGGGAUGGUGGUGGUGCACGCAAAGAUAGGUUUCUCCAGCGUGCGUAAGUUUGAAACCUACAAUCUCUUUCCUGCCUGCCUUGCUGCUUUCGGUGCGUAAUGGCUCCCCAGGGCUGGGGCCACGUGCUCCGACACCCCAGCCAGGCAGGGCUGGGAUUGAAGGAGGAGGAGGAGUCCACUGAGUGGCACAGGCUGGUAGACAGCGAUGCCAGUGGGGCAGGUUGCUGCACAGGUAUAAAAUCCGGGCAGGGAUUCCACUUUACUUUCAAGUUGAGAGCCAGUACCUAGGGGAUAGAUUGCCUGUUGAUGGAUCUAGCAGCUGGCAGCUCCUGUAAGGUUCCCCUUCCCCUCCUGCAGCUGGCACUAAGACAGGGCCCACCUGACGGUCUAGCAGGUACAAAACGGCAAUAACAAAACUCUUGGGCUCCGUAAAUAUUCUGGGGACUCACUUGCUAGGAUUUUCUCAGUGAAUUAUCACCAUGUUCCUAGAGUUCAUUUGUUUUCUGAUUUCUUUGUAAAGAUGGAUACAGAAGCCAACAAAGGGAUCAGAGCAAAUGUGGCGCUGGACUUGAACCCGGCAUUUGUUGUCUCUUCUGAGCUGGGCUGGGAGUGGGGUGAGGCAUGAUUUGCUCAGUAUUCUAGAGAGGUCAUUCUGGCCCCAGUCCUACACAGGACUGAGACAGUAGGGGUUUCUGGUUGCUAUGCCUGGACUUCUUGGCACUCUGGCUUCACACUGUCCCUUUUUCUAGCCCUCUGUUGGCAGAAGGCUAAAACACCCCAGAACAUUGGGUGUUUCAGGCUUAGUGAUUGAGGUACCGUAGCCUGCCUACAGAUACACAGGUCCUCUGCCUGUCCUACAUGGAAACAGUUAUUGGUUGUACCCUGGUCAUGGAGUUCUAGCCUGUAGGUGUGUUCAUUUUCAGCUGGGGCCACAGCUGGAGGUCUGUCCAGGAUGGACUGUGGGUUGGAGCAGGACCUUAUGGUGAAUGGAGUCUGGUUUGCCUUAGGCUAUUGGACUUUGCUGCAUCCCUCCCUGGGUUCUCUCUGACUCCUAUGCCUCCUGAGCCAACCAAAAGGAGCUAUAGGGCACAGUGGCACACUUUGAAGUUUUGGACCUGCUGUCUAAUGGUUUUGUGAGAAUUGGAUAUAGGAAGUGCCUCGAAGGUGGAAUUCAGACUCUAGAAAGCAGAGUCUUCCUCUGUAGCCCAGGCUAGCAUCAAAACUCCCACUCUUCCAGCUCCUGAGUGCUGAAAUUACAGCCUUGCCAACAUCCCGCUGACCCCGGAGACGCAGCGGGACCAGGAGAGGCGGAUUCGGCGGGAGAUUGCCAACAGCAACGAGCGCAGGCGCAUGCAGAGCAUCAACGCUGGCUUCCAGUCCCUCAAGACCCUCAUUCCCCACACAGAUGGAGAGAAGCUCAGCAAGGCAGCCAUCCUCCAGCAGACGGCGGAGUACAUCUUCUCUCUUGAGCAGGAGAAGACUAGACUGCUGCAGCAGAAUACGCAGCUUAAGCGCUUCAUCCAGGAGCUGAGUGGCUCAUCCCCUAAGCGGCGGCGGGCAGAAGACAAGGACGAGGGAAUUGGCUCACCUGACAUCUGGGAAGACGAGAAGGCUGAGGACCUUAGGAGAGAGAUGAUUGAGCUGCGCCAGCAGCUGGACAAGGAGCGCUCGGUGCGGAUGAUGCUGGAGGAGCAGGUGCGCUCCCUAGAGGCCCACAUGUACCCGGAAAAACUCAAGGUGAUUGCACAGCAGGUGCAGCUGCAGCAGCAGCAGGAGCAGGUGCGGCUGCUGCACCAGGAGAAGCUGGAGCGGGAGCAGCAGCACCUUCGGACCCAGCUCCUGCCUCCUCCAGCCCCCACCCACCACCCCACAGUGAUUGUGCCUGCUCCAGCCCCGCCUUCCUCCCACCACAUCAAUGUUGUCACCAUGGGUCCCUCCUCAGUCAUCAAUUCUGUCUCUACGUCCCGGCAAAAUCUGGACACCAUCGUGCAGGCCAUCCAGCACAUUGAGGGCACCCAGGACAAACAGGAGCUGGAGGAGGAACAGAGGCGAGCGGUUAUCGUGAAGUCCGUCCGCGGCUGUCCAGAGGCGCACACCUCGGAUACUGCCUCCGACUCGGAGGCCUCGGACAGCGACGCCAUGGACCAGAGCCGGGAGGAGCCUUUGGGGGACGGGGAGCUUCCCUGACCACCCCCAGCCCUCCUCUCCCUUCUAGGGGCUAGAGGGGGCCGGGGCAACAACAGGGGAAACAUGGGUGAAUGAGUGAGAAAUUUUUACAAAAUUAUGAUAACAUUUGGGUCACUUUUAUGACCUCUUUUUCAAUACUGUAAGUCGACCUUUGAUCGAAGCCACCAGAGCCCAGGUCCCGGGGUUGUGGUGGUCUCUAGAGCACGUGUGGGAGCAUCGGGACUCCAGGGCUGGGCCUCGGCCCUGGGGCUGGGGAAGCUGACACUGAGGUGCCUGGCCUCUCUCCGCCAAAAAGCUUUUGUUGUUGUUUUGUUUUUGUUUGUUUGUUUUUCUUCCAUUUAAACGUGUUUUUAAGAACAGGGAAAAUCAAACAAAACCCCAAGGUAUUUCCUCGCUCCUCAGAGCCAGCUCCCCUUCCCGCCUCUAUUUGGUUUUCUUUUUUUAUCUUUUAAGCACUUACAUGGGUUGGGGGUCAGGCUGGGUUGGGGCUUUCUGGGGACCCGGGGAUCUACGAUUCUUCUCGGUUGGGGUUUGCUGCUGCCAUUCUCCCCUCCCCUCCCCACCUCAGCACCGGAUUUGGCCGCUCUCCACCUUCCCACCUUUCCCUCCAGGGUUCCCAUCACUGACCCUAAAAAUGUCUGUCUCUUUUUGUUUUGUUUGUUGUUGGUUUUAUUUUGGUUUUGGUUUCUGUAUUUUUAAAUUUUUUCUUUUUCUUUUCUUUUUCUUUUUUUUUUUUUUUUUUUUUUUACAAUUUUGAGGUCUUUGUGUCCAAGGAGAAGCUAUUAUAUUUUGUUAAGAAAGUGGGGGUAGGGAACAAAAUACCAAGAGGCCAUUGUGCCUUUGUAAAGAAACGAAAUAAAAUUUGUACUUUGUUUUUUA